UCUGAUAAUGUAACCACACAAACAUCAAAAUGUCGGCCACUGACUUGGUGCCGACUAUGGAUGAGAAUGAAAAGAAAGUUGUGAAUGAGUUUUGUCACCUUCUUGAGAAAUCUAAACAGUUAUUCAAUGGCCUUAGAGACCUCCCUCAGUAUGGACAUAAACAGUGGCAGUCAUAUUUUGGUAGAACGUUUGAUGUAUAUACAAAACUUUGGAAAUUUCAGCAGCAGCACAGACAAAUAUUAGAUACCAAGUAUGGUUUGAAGAGAUGGCAGAUUGGAGAAGUGGCAUCAAAGAUAGGGCAGCUAUAUUAUCACUAUUAUUUGAGAACGAGUGAAACCAACUAUUUAAAUGAGGCCUUUAGUUUUUACUCUGCCAUUAGGAAUAGAGGAUACUAUUCAAAAGCUAAUAAAGAAGAAAGAUCAGACUUGAUGGUGAAAAAACUCAGAUUUUAUGCCAGAUUUAUAGUUGUAUGUUUGUUGCUGAAAAGAAUGAAACUGGUUAAAGAUUUAGUAAAGGAAUUACAAACACAGAUAGAAGACUACACAUUAACCUAUGAACCCGAAGAUCAAAUGGAAUGGUCCUUAGUGGUGGGAGAAAUCAAUGCAUUUUUAGAGUCAGAUAAUUUAAUAGACAUCCAUGAUGUGGACCCAAACUACUUCUUGUUGUCACACAGACUGACGCCAUUAAACACGCCCCCAUUAGACAAAAGUACACCAGUGUAUUUAGCAUUACAAGAAAUUAUCAUCGUUGGCAAUACAGCAGAUCAGGUUAAGUUUAGUGAAUUAACACUUGAUAUGUUCCGGGUGCUACAGACUUUAGAAAGAGAACCACAAGAAGAUUUUACAGGAACCCAGAUAUACGAUGCUUCUCCUGCUCCUGGUAGACCACCAUUUGAAAAUGGAGACAAAAAUUCCAAGAGAGAUAACCCCCACAAAUAUUUAUUGUACAAACCAACAUAUAGUCAAAUGAAUACAUUUCUAGCCUCUGGUUUUAAAGAACUCCCUCCAAAUGGUGCCAUGUUAUUAUAUUUGUCUGCAGAUGGUAGUUUAGGUAAUGCCAAGCACACAGAUGAUGCUGCCUAUGAUUUAGGAGGAGUUAUAUGUAACAGUAGAAAAGAUGCUGAUAUUAUCAAUAAAAACAGAAGACCAGGAAUGUUGAAAGAAUCCAACUGUUUACAUCCAGGAGACCUAUAUCCUUACACAAGAAAACCAUUAUUUUUAAUUGUUGAUAGUGACAACAGCUCUGCAUUCCAGAAUUUUCCAAAUUUGUUUGGACAACCAGUUGUAUGCUUUCUAUCACCAGAACAGGUCCCUCAUGCCAUGCAAGAUCAAAACCAGAAAGGCAAAUUGUUUACGUUGUUUUUACAUUCCCCUUUGAUGGCAUUCUGUCUAGUAUGUAACUACAUGUCAAUAUCCAUAGCAACAUGGGACAAAUGUCAGGCUCAAGUCAACAAGUUUAUGGCAGAAGCUUCAAAACUGUUUGUUAAGUCAAGGUCAAUAGAUCAUGCCUACAUACAGUUUCUUGGAGAUGACUUCUUACGGCUCAUUAUGUUGAGAUUUGUGUUUUGUUAUAUUGUUCUUAUCCUACACAGAGGCUUCAAAGGGCCUAGCUACUACCCAAUGUCUCACCCCCCAUUGCCUACAGAGGAGAUACUGGAACACCCUGUGCUAUGUAAGAUUGUGCUUGAACUUGCUACAUUGUUGGACUGUAGACAUGUAAUGUCAGAGCCUGGUGAAGUGGACAUUCACGCAACAACGUGAUCUGAUGAUGUUUUACACAACGUUUUUGUUACAUUCCAUGUGUUCUUUAAAACAUUUUGUCUCAAAUAAUACUGUAAGCUACUUUAUUUUUGUAGCCAGAAUUAUAGAAAAGAUUUUUAUAUGUAAAUUUAUUAUAUAAUUGUCAAAGUUAGAUUGAAAUUAGUUUUGAGUACUUUCAAAUUUAGAAAGUUUAAAAAUUUAGAGUAAAGCGUAAUUUUUAAAUUUGUUGAUGAGGCUUGUUUGUAUGAUGGUUAGCAUUUUUAUGAAAAUAAAUUAGCUUGCAGUAUGUAUUAUUAAGCUUUCAAAUGAGAUUUUUUUUAGGAUUUAAGCAUGAAUGUAGAUGAGUUGUAAAAGAUAUUAUUUUUGUGCCAUUUUUAGAUUAUUUAUAAUUCACAAGCAUUUGUUUUUAUUAAUUUGCCUUAGACCAAAGAUGGUAGGUUUUGAAUCUCUACUACACCAUAAAUUUACAUUGUCUUGUUUGGAAGGAAGUAUUUCUUUAGUAGACCUUGACAAGUUGAUGAUAGUUUUUCUUGCAGAUAUAUUAAUGAGUUUCUUCAGCUCUUAUAAAUAUAAUCUAAUGUUUCGAGAUUUCACCUUCUCAGAGUCUAAAGGAAUUUGGCUAAUUUUAUUAUUUUUGUACCAGACUUUGAAAAUAAAGUCACAUCGGUAUUGAAUUUCCAUUUUUUCAGAUGUUAAAUUUUCAACCCAUCACAACAUUUUGGUGUACACUUUUUGAAAAAGAAUUACCCACAAUGCAUUAGAUUCUGUAAUAGUAAAUUAAAAAAAAAGUAUUUCUUUGACUUUGAUACAUUUAAAAGACAUCUUUAUUUAUACACUGUUUUCAGUGAUUUUAAUUGUCUUUAUAUUUAAGUUUUUGGUUAUCAGCUGAUGGUGACUUGCCAUUCAAUUACCCAUACUUGAUAUUUAUACUGAAAUCAGUUUUGGUGUAGAAAAUUGAUAUGUGAAUGAAAUUACUUUUUACAUGCCAGUGCUAUUGCAUAAGAAUCUUAUCUUUUUUCAAUGUGUCUUGUCAGUUGUGAGGCACAACAAAAUCAUUCAACAUGGGCAUAUGAAAUUUAAACAUUUGUUUAACAGUUAACAGUCUGACUGAAAAUUGAAGGUUGUAGAAUACAUUGUUUACAGUUUUCAAUUAUUUUGGGGCUGAAAUUAUCAUGAAAGAAUUUUCCAAAUGAAAUGUUUAUUCUGUGACAUUUAAGUAUAGAUUUUAAUGUUCAGAAGAAAAAAAAAUGGCAUUAGGUAAUAAAUGCUUUUAUUGUGUUUUUCUUUUUAGUUUUUGAUACUCCAUAUGAAGAAACCAAUUUGUGUUAACCUUUGUAUUAGACAAUAAGAUGCUAUUAAACUCAUUAGAGUUAUAUUAUUAAAUAAAUGGAAUAAAGCAAAAUGACAUUUGUAAAUAUACUUUCCAUUGUAAAAGACAGUGCAUAAGAAUAAAAAAUGAGGCCUAAAUUUUAAUGUUUUAACUCUAAGAGUUGUAGAAUAACUCAUUAAAGAGUUCAAAUGUAGAAAAACAUUAAUUCACGGAUUUGCGUAGCGUUUUUUCUUUCACAUAAUUUUCUACAGAGAUGGGUUAUAGUCCAUCUUUUUAUUAAAUAUGCAAGGAGCUAUAAUUUCUGCUUCUGCAUAUUUAAAAUUUAUUUUGAAUCAAUGUCAUUGACAUUGUCCUUGUAACACAUUUGAUGAUGGAAAUUAUCGGAUUUUAUUUUAUUGGGAAAUCAUGGUAUUUUCAUUGUGACCAAUGUUACAAUUUACGAAUUAUGACUUGUUCAAUUUAGCACUGAUGAAUGUUAUAUCAGAGAUAUUUUAUUUAUUUAAUAGAAUUUGUAGACCUCAAUACCAUCUCCAAUGCCAUCUCAUGUCUUUUGAAAUAUAAAACACUGUCAGAUCAUAUCGUUUUCUUGUUUAGAGAGUAAGUUUGGAUACAUACCAUUUUCUUUUACUGUAACUGUCUCAAAAUUGUAAAAUUUAGUUAGAUCAUACAUCAAUUUCUUUAAAAUUUCUUAAUUCACUUUAACUGUGAAAUACAUUAGACAAAAAAGAAAUUUACCUAAUUUCAUAAUACAUGAGUAAAAAAUAGUACCAUUACUUUUUAUAAGUAGAUUUUAAAAUUGUAAAAACAUAGAAUUUGAUAAAAUUUAGAGGAAUUUUAACCACUUUAAACAGAUCUAAUACUCAUGAUUGAAGAAAGCCACCAUUUUAUUAUUUUGUAUAUUUAGAUUAGAUUUUAUGAUGCAUGACUAUCAGAAAAUGUGCUGUGCUGGAUAGAAAUAGACCUUAUGCAAGCGCAAGUAUACAUGUACAUGUACAAGACUUUGAUUAAGUUUGGAAUAAAAGUCUUAGAUGAGUUCUGUUCUGUUUUGAAGUUCCAAAUCAAUUUUUAAGGUGGUACCUAACACUACAGGGAGAUAACUCUGUAAUAUCAGUUAAACGUUUUAUUCACGUCGUGUUGUUAAGGGAAUAUUAAGCUUCUUAUUGAUCAAAACUAGUCUUUGUCAAACUGCUAUGUAACCAGUGUAAUUUUUCUGAUAAAACGGUUGGUUCAAAUUUUUUGAAAUUUUUAUAUUUUUGUCAAAGGGUUAAAGUAAUACUUAGUCAAAAUUUCAAGAAAAUUAAACGAGCCAAAUGAAUUUUAGUUGAAGUGUUGGGUACCACCUUAAACUGUUACCAAAUUUCUGUAGAGAUUUUUUUCAACCCAAAAUAGGUUAACAGAUGUAAUGAUUUUCAUUUGAAUAAGAUCGAUUUUUAUUUGACCCAGCUCAUAUAUUAUUAUCAAAUUCUAGUGUCUAGAUAGAAAGUAUACAUACUGAUACUGACAGAGUUAUAGUAAAGUAAGCAAAAAAAGUUGUACAUUGACAUUAAAGGCUUCACUCUUUUGAUAUUGUUGGAGGAAAAAGAAAGACCAAAUAAGAAUAAAAAUAUUUUAUUUCCAAUUAAAGGGCCCUAUAAAGAGCUUUCAUGACAUUACAUACAAGUACGUAAAAUUAAUAAUAAAUUCUCAAAUAUUUAAUAAAUUCUCUAGUAUUGAAACAACUUCUCAAAAAUUAAAAUAAAUUCUCAAAUAUUGAAAUAAAUUCUCAAAUAUGUGUAAAAUAGUUACAUAUAAGCACUUGUCUCAGUAAUAUUGUAAAUUCAGAAAUUUUAGUGCUAAUUUGUUAAAACCAUUAUCGACUAAAUUGACAGAAAUGUGAGAUUUGUUAUUUUAAUAUCAAAGAAUGGUGCAACAGAUAAUAAAACAAUGAUAUUGCUGUCAACUACAACUAGAAAUGCAUUUUUUGAAAAAAUAAAAACAAGGCAAACAUUUCUGAAUUUUACACUACUUGUUCAAAACUUAGUCGUUACUUUGUUAUAUUUAAAUUUUUUGUUUCAGGAAUUCCCUAAAAGAACCUCUUGACCUCAUAAAACCUACUUAGAAUAAUCCAUUUAAGUGUUAUUAUAAUGUGAUAUUUUGUUUAGUUUAUUAUACAUUAUUUUUAUUUUUAUAUUUUUACCUUUUUGUGUGUUUGUGUGUAAAUGGUUAAAAGGUAGACAGUCUACCUUUUCUAGAAAAUCUUCUGUCCAUGGUUUUUAGUUUGAACAUUGUUUUUUUUCGUUAAAAUAUAUUAUUUUCUCCAGUUUGUUUAUAUUAAGUGCUUCGUGUUAUUUUUUUCAUUAAUCUUAAUUCAGUAAUUUGAUAAUUAUCUUUUGAAAUAAGAUUUCAUUUAUCUCAGAUCGCUUUUUUGUGUAUUGGAGUGGGGUGCUCAUAUUCGCCGUGGACACAAUUUUGCCGUUUUAUGAUUUUGAGGUGUAAAAACUUCAAGGGAUGGUUGAAAGUGAAGAAAUAUGCUGUUUAAUUAUAUUUUUAUCACAAAUAUGGUUAUUUUUGAAAAUGAAACUAAAUUUUAGCACUUACGGCAAAGGACCGAAAAAUGGACAACAAUUUUCAGCCAAUUUCCUGAAUGACAAAAACGAUUUCAAAGAAGCAUUUCUAAGUAAUUCUUUGACUGAUUGCCUUAAAUUUCAGUUUUUUACACCUUUCAAAUGUCUUCUGUUCGUCUAUAAUAAAAUUUAUUAGAUAAAUAUUGUUUAAAGCUGCAGUUAUUUGGUUUUAAAAAGAAAUGUAAAUACGGCGAAUUUUUUUCCCCUGUUGACAAAAAAUUAGGAAAUUUCAAACACCCUUCAAUCCAACUUUUCAGAUGAUUUUACUCAAAACAAAAAUGUUUUCAAGCUAAGCAUAUUUUGCAUUUGAAGUUAUCUUCAUAUAGAAAUAGCAGUAUACUUCAAAAACAUAAAGACCUGAACAUAAACUGUAGAAAACAUGGAAAGAUAUGGCGAAAAUGAGCACCCCUCUCUACCCUUUGUUAGAACCAAACAUAAGGUACUGGCAUUGAAUAUGACAACAAGAUUUAAAUAGACAUGUUUUCCAACUUGCUAGGUAUACAGAGGUAAUGUUAUUAUUAUUAAUUGUCACAGCAACAUUUGCUUAUCAAGAAAACAGGGUAGAUUUGAGAUUUCCUAUUACCCAAUUUACUUCUUGUUUAUAAGUUUUUGCAACGAUUUUACAAUUUAUUUUAUUUUUUUCUUUGAUAAUUUACUGAGUUUGAUAUAGUUUGAUUAUAUUUUGUCAGUGUUAUAACCUGUAUUUAUUUUGUGACAUAUUUAUUAGAUUUUAUUUUGUUUUACUUUGAAAAUCAAAACCAUUAUGGUAUGUAGCAAGAAAUUGCAUUUAAACCCUCUAUUGGAUAGAGAGGUCUAAGAUUUCAUGACUAAAGCCUGUGUCUAAUGCUGAAAAAGUCCACUGUCAACCUAUGUGAACCCAGUUUGCAUUGUGAAGAAACAUUGUAUGAUGGAAAGGGCUCUUUCUUUGGGUCAAGCAUAGAACUUAUAUUGAUAAUAAUUCUCUAAAAGUUUUUAAAAAACAUUGCUACCAUGUAUGAAUUUUAAUUUCUAUUCCUGUGUGAGAUGUAAAUUCUCAUGUUUCAAAAUACAGUUGUUUUCUGAACCUAAUCAGAGAGAAAAUAAAUUAUUGAAUCUGUGGAUGAAAACUUCAGUGAGAAUAGUAACUGAUUACUCAGUUUUCAAAUAACUGCAGGUAAAUGAUGUAGUUUAGUGGCCAUUGUUGGUCUAUUUUUAGCUUGAGGUCUGUUUGAGUAUAAGUGUAAUAAACUAUGAUUUGUGAAUAAUUGCUUGCCGCUGUAGUAGUAUUCUAGUCACAUGAUAUAGAUGUAAUAUUUUAUUUAUAUGUAACUUAUUUCUUUGUUAAAAACUGACCUUAAAUUUAUUGAAAGAAGUUGAAAAUUGUUUUGGAUAAGAUACCUAAACCGAACUACCCCUUGGAAACAGAAAUGGGUUAUUUAUUUUAUUUUUUUGAUUUCUAAACUAAAAGUGAGUAAAAAAAAAUCUACAUCUCUUGUGAACAGCAAAGGAAAUUAUUAAAAUAUAUUCCAAAUAACAUCGUACAAAAUAUUCUGAAAUACUUUAGAACAUCUUUUAAUUAUUAUUGUAAACUCACUCUUUUCACUUUAUUCAUGUCAUACAUCCCUUGAAUUAACCAUUUCAUUGGCAAUAUACAGCCUUCAACAAUUGACAGAUGUGAAAACAAUAUAUGAAGUUUUUAAUUUACAACAGAUUACAGAAGUAGUGAGUACAUGAAUAUACUUGGAAAGUAUACACAGGGAUUUUUCAUUUAUUAAUGUACCGUAUUCAGCACGUAUAGUACACACCCUUUUUCAUCACCCAAAAAUCAUGAUUUUUUUUUUAAACAGUUAAAAAAUAUAAGUCCAGAUCACUUUGAUAAGGUCCUUUUAAUCAAUGUAUUUCAGUCAUUUAAGUCCAUUAUAUAUAUAUUGACUGUCAGCAACUAACUUCUUUAAAUGAAAUCAUGACAGUACUUUCAACUACCAACAUAAUGUUUAAAGGUAAAGCAAUUUAAGAAUUUCAUUAAAUUGAAAAAAAGGUGACAAAUUAUAUUUUUAUUUAUCUUGUCAUACUUGCAAAAAACACAAUUUCAUGAUGGAGAUAUUAGGAUACAAGGCUGAGAUUUAAUUCAAUGUUAUCAAUUCUUAUAUUUGCCAGAACAUUUAAAUUAUAUAAAACUACAACAAAAAUUAUACAUGUAUUUUAAGCAUUCCUCAAUCAUGUUAUUCAGUUUAAUUUCAGUAUGUCAUAACAAAUUUAUCCAGUUCAUAGACUGUGGAUUCAUUAUUAUUUUUUGGAAACCUAUUUUCAUGGAUUUCGCGUUAACCUGUGAAAACCAAUUUUUUUAAAGGGGGGUCGUAGGGAUCCUGAUCCCAAAAUCCUGGGCAUAAAAACAUGAAAGCUUGAGGUCUUGAAUUAAAAAAAAUUAAAUCCUGAUAUCCCGAAAUUUGAAAACCAAGAAUUCCUGGAUCCAGAAAGGGUCAAUCCAGAAAUCCUGAGCUUAAAAAACACCUGAUCCCAACGUCCUAAAUAAGGUCCUGCCUCCUUCUUUCAAGUAUUAAUAUAUUACACAUGUUAUAUACAAAUAGAUGCAGAUUUUUGGAAAAACGACAAAAUCAAAUGUUUUGAAAUUUGAAAAUUUUCCUCAAUCUAAGGAAAUUGGUACCCAGGAAAAUAAAUAAAUUCACAGUACUAGUAAUAUGUGGUGUGUACUAAUUAUAUACAAGAGAUUGUAGGAGCAAAGCAUUAUUGAAAGAUCAGAACAAUUUAGAAAAUUACCAAAUGAAUUUUACAAUUUGAUAUGUUAGUUUGAUUGUUUGUUUCCAUGUUAUUGUUUAUUGCAAGCAAAAAACCUUGUUAUUUAUUUUUGUUUUUAGCUAUGAAUUGUGAUUUAUUUUACAUGUUGAGCAUAUUGAGCUCAUAUUGUCAUUUAUAUAAUUACAUGCACAAAAAACAAUCAAAAAAG